UUAGUGGCUAGUAAUCAUUUAGUUUAGGGAUAUUUGAGUUUGUCAUGUAUCAAUUUUGUUGUUAUCAUUUUCAAUUGAUUGGUAAUUUAAGUUCACUAUACAAAUUUUCAUGCAUACAAUUGUGACAGUCAUACCUUCAAUUACCUCAUCGAAGAUGGCUUCAGUGAGAUAAAUUUCCCUUAAAAAAUGAAUCUUAUUUAUUGGAUUUUUUGAAAUAUCUGAUAAUCUUCUUAUCACUAGAUGAUCAUAGUUUUUGGAUGCUAGAUAUCCCUAGAAAACCAUUUUCUUAUGCAUGUUAUGGAGGAUCUUUGUUUGCAAAUGAAGAAGUUGAGUUGUAGAUGUAUCCUUCGUUUGUAUAAGCAUCAUAUUAUGGCACAUAGAGUACUGAAACUUGAUUGCCUGUAAAAAAAUAUUUUAUUUGUGGGAUUUAUUAUUAGUUUGCAAUUGCAGUGCUUUGUUUAUCAAUAAUUAGGGGUUUUUGAAUGUAUACAUUUCAUGAUAUUUAGGUGUACGAUCUGUAUGUUUUACGUGCUUCAUUUUUUUGUUUAAUAAUAUUCUAAUUUUCAUUAUUUAGUGGCUGGGUUUUGAAGAAUGUUAUAGAUUAAAUUUUGUUAUUUUGACUUAGAUGUAUAUUGUAUGAGUUUUGAGGAUCAUACUUAUUUUAUUGUUUUUGGAUUCAUUGUUUUUGGCUGGAUUGUUGACUGAUUGUUUUGCUGCUUUUAUUAUUAUUGAUGUGAUCUUAGUGUUGUGAAUCUCAAUGAUGAGGUGUUGGUUUCUGAUGUCUCACAAUUAUUUGGAGGUUUCUGAUUUUUGAAUGACAAGAUAUCAUCACAAAAAUUUACCCAUUUAACUUCUUCUAGGUUGUUCAGUUUGACAAUGAAAUGAAAAUCACCUCCUAGGUGGUCUAGAAGCUCAUCACAUACAAUUAAUCCUUGUAGUUUCUCUUUGUUAACAUUUUGCCAUUUUUAUUAUUGAUUUUAUAAUUAUUCUUUGUAUCCAAUUCUUAUUAUCCUUUUCAUGUGUCACAUUGCUCAGUUUGUGAUGUGGAUUCUGAACUGGAUUUUGAAAGGUUACGAUAUUUCAAAGUGGCUUUGAGAUAUCGUUUUCAUGUGUCACAUUGCUCAGUUUGUGAUGUGGAUUCUUAUUAUCCUUUUCAUGUGUCACAUUGCUCAGUUUAGAAGCAUGGUUGAUGUUUUGUCGUUGGGACUUGAUUCCUUUAAUGAUCAUUUGUUCGAAGCAGGAAUUGUAGAAGCCAUCGUGCAAGAAUGUAAUAGUCAAGACUAAAAAGAAAAAAACAAUGUACAUGGUUACUAUUGCUACUUAUUGGGUAUUUGUUUGCUUUGUGGACAUGAAUGCUUGCAAUUUUAGGGCAUCCACGGAUUCUCUUCCCUCCAUCUCUGCAAAAAAAAAAAAAAGAUCGUAGAAAUGAACUAACAUGGAUAUUUGCAUACAAACCCCUUUUGAUAUGAUAACAUAAAAACUUCUAUUUUAUGUUAAAAACUGAAAAGGAAAUUACAAGGAAGUCUGUAAUACCAGUUUGUCACAGAGGCACAAACACAUGCUUCAAAUAUCCAAUUUGGUUUUGCAAAUGUCAAAAGGUAAUUUGAAGGAGCAAUUGGAUUGGACUGAUAUAUCCCAAUAACAUGUUUACUAUGUGUCGCAAAGUUCUCUCUCUCUCCGGCCCCAAUCUCUCACUCUUUUUUUUAAUGCUUAUAAGGUUGAAUUUAUCUGCAACUGCAAGACAUUCUUUUGGGGUAUAAUAAGAUGUGGUUUUCCUUUUAAUUUUGACCAUGGUAACUAGUUCCCUUGGAAAUUUAAGUAUUCACUCGCAGUCAUGCAAUUAAUUUUUUUCAAUGAUGUGCUACACCUUCCCACUCUCUUGCAUCAUGGAGUUGUAAGGCUUUCCAGUUAUCUCACGGAUUUUUUUUAGUAAUUAAUCCAUUUUCAGGAUCACAUGCAUCUUUUUAUUUGCUGAUGCAUGUUUAGUUCACCUAGUGUAGAUGAGUUUGAGGGGUUUUUCGGCUAUUUAUUAGAAAAAGUGGCUAUGAUUGUUAUUGCAUGGGCACCCAAUAAUGGUUUCUCAGUAGGAGACAUUUUGUCAUUUUAUAUUUUCUAAACGAUAGAAAUUUUGAUGAAUUGUUGAUGAUGAUACUCGAGAGUUACUCAGUUCAGGCUCAUCGUUAAUGGUUGCCCAAUGAAGAAAAUAAGCCACAAUAGAUAUUUAGAGAAUAAUUGCAAUACGUGAAAUUCAGUAAAUGUCCAAGAUGUGUGAGUCCCUUCAUUGCAGCUCUAACUAGAUAUGGUUCUUUAUGUGGAGAAUGGUUUGAGUUCAUGCCAUUGGGUAUCCUCCGACCCCUAUCCAUUACCAGCUGUUAAGAGUUAACAUAUGACGAAUUGGUCUAAGGUGCUUGUCUAUCUUAGUGACAACUUAUUUUAAAUUGCCAAUUGACGCAUGCAAUUGUUUGAGACCAUGUAUUGUCUUACUGGGACUUCCUUUCUUUCGUAACCUUCUUGGAAUAUAUUUUUGACCUGUUCAUUGGAUUUUGUCCUGAACUGACAAUUGAGUUGCAACCAGCUGUAUAUCCUGAGAGGACGCAUGGUCGGGACAUUCGAUCCUAAGGCAGACUAGAACUCUUAUUUUGUUGCCUUUUGCCAGUAAUUUUGAAGAGCAGCUUCUGUAAGUCGGGUGCUUGAAUUGGUGAAAACACUAAAAUUAAACUUUUUGGAGUGGUUAGGUGUGGGAUGAAACAAAAAAAUGGAACAAGGUGGAUGAUUACCUUUCAGUUAGUUACUUGGUUGAGAUGAGGUGUGGCUCUUGACAACUUUAUUUGUCUCUUAAGUUGGCACUGCUACUUUGGAGAAGUGAAUGGAAAAAUUUAUGUGUAAUGUUUUGUUCUCCCUGUUUUCCUCGCUAGAUGAAGUGUGAUAAGUCGCCAUUCUGAUAUAACUUGGAUGUGUAAUUGGUAAUGUUAAAUAUUUUAACUUUUCAGAAGAUUGACUUUGUCCUAGUAUCAUAUUAUUGUGUAUAAGCCCUCAUGUGCACUUAUGAUAAAUUUUAAUUUGAGGAUUCAUGAAUGAGAUUGAAAUUGUCUGUUUAUAGACAGUUAUACGGUAUAUUGAUUUGACUAUCUAAGAUUACAAAUGUUACUAGAUUUAAAGUUUUUUGAUGUCUUUUUUAUGUGUUAUGGGAAUUAGGGAUUCACAGAAUGUAAUAUUCUAUGUGUUUUACAUUAAAUUCUAGACUCAGCCAUGUGAGUGCCGAUCAGAUUGCAAGCCCUUUUCUUACAUUUACCAUUUUUCUUUGCUCUUCAACAGGGGGUAAAUAAAGGCAUGGGGCAUGGUCGAGCGGCCUCCUUAGUUAGAGUUAAGCAAUCAAUUGAUUUGAUUAGUAGCGAUUAGGAAAUGCCGAAAUUUGCUGAAUAUCUGGCACAGGUCGGAGUCAUUUAAAUGUGGUCAUACGAAUUACAGCAAUGUGAUUGAAAUGGAUUUGUAGUCAUCUGUGCACCUUAAGAUUUUUUUAGCCUCCAUAUCUAGGCAAAGAGCUAUAUGGGAUGCUACCCCAAUGAUGAUCUAUAUAAGAUGCAACCCCAGUGAUGAUGUUGCCUAUUUGUCGAGGCUGGGGUUCAAUUUAUCCUCCAAUCCUCUAUUUAUGCCUACUUGCUUCCAAUUGGAGUUUUAAUUGUGUAUUGGUGCUUCUAGAUUCUAGAAGCAGAAAUGUAUUCUUUUCAUGUUUGAAGCAUGUGUAUACGACAUGGAUAAUACUUGUCCAGCAAGCUGAGAUGGUCUUCGGCUCCUGCAGUUCAGGGUUUCUGUAAACUGUUUGUGACAUCCAUUAAGUGACUUUUCUAAGUUCUCAAUUUUACAUAUGUACAAAUGAGACGUAUAAUGACCUUAUUGAGUUGCAUUUGUUGCAUGCUUUUGUUUGAUAGCAUGGUAUUUGUAACAGUUUGUCAGUUAAGCAUGUAUAUUUUUUUUCCUGUCCUCUGAAAGAGAGAGUCAUUAUUUAUGUGUGAUUUUGUCUUGCAUUUGGGAGUCCGAAAUAUAUCGAGGUAAAUUCUUAGAAGCUAAUAGUUUGAUGAAAAUCACAAGAUGUGAAGUAAUUCUCUCUGUUUUUUUAUUUAGUUGUAUGUCACUAAAGUAGUUACUUAUAUAUUAAAAGAAAGAAUAACUGGAGUAAUUCACGCAUUUGAGAUAAUGUAGCUGGUGACAAUGUUUCAUUUAUUUUUCCCUAAAUAUGUUGGUUUUUCAGCCAUUGCCAGUCCCAAACCCGAAUGAGAAAAAGAGGAGGGCUGUGUUAGGUAAUCAAAAUUUCGAUAAUAGUAACAAGAUUUCGAACUCUUUGGGACGCUCUUUGCCCAUUGAUUCAAACAUCCGUGACUUUUCGUUGCUAAGGAGGUUUGGAAGAGAUCAUAAUCAGGUCUCUCAAUUGAAGGAGCAUAAAAGAGAUUCAGAAGUGCAUUUUGGUUCGGACACUAUAAGCUCUAGUCAACAAUCAAGAGACUGGGAUAAGGAUAAUAGGAAUGACAAUGAGGAUGACUGGGAAGAUAAUGUUGAAUUCGAGGACGAUAAUCUACUUGCUUCUAGGGAACCUAUGGGAAAGGUGACAGAUGACUUUUUAAGGCCAAAUGUUAGUGUAAACCAAGGUGGUUUUGACGAAGGAAAUGCAAAGCACAAGCUUGAGAAGCAAACACAUCAUAAUAAGGUCUCUCAAUUGAAAGAGCGUAAAAGAAAUUUAGAAGUGCAUUUUGGUUUGGACACUAUAAGCUCUAGUCAAUUAUCAAGAGAUUGGGAUGAGGAUGAUAAGAAUGGCAAUGAGGAUGAUGGGGAAAAUAAUGUUGAAUUCGAGGAAGGUAGUCUACUUUCUUCUGAAGAAGCCAUGGGAAAGGUGACAAAUGACUUUUUAAGGACAAAUAUUAGUGUGAAUCAAGAUGAUUCUAGCGAAGGAACCCCAAAGCACAAGUCUGGGCGACAAACACAUCAUAUUCAGGCCACUCAACCUAAGGAGCAUGAAAGAGAUUCAGAAGUGCAUUCUGGUUUAGACUCCACAGGCUCUAGUCAACAGUCAAGAGACUCAGAUAAGCAUAACAUGAAGAGGGACAAGGAUAAUAGGGAAAUCAAUAAAAUGGUCAAGGAAGGCAGUCCACUUGUUUCUGGGAAACCAAUGAAAAAGGUUACAAAGGACUUUGCAUGCAGCUGUUUAUGUAAUGAAAAGGCGCCUAAGGUAAAACAUUCAAGGCCAAUUGUUAGGGUGCACCGAGAUAGCUUUGGUAAACGACUCCCAAAGCACAAACCCAGGAGGCAAACACGUAAUCAGAAUUUUGAGUAUAACAACAAGGUUUCGAACUCUUUGCAAGGAAGCUCUAUGCCCAUUGAUUCAGAGGACCAUGAAUUUUUGUUCCCAAGGAGGUCUCAAAGAGGUGGUCCUUGUGAGAUUGAUUUCCUAAACAUGAAUGACUCUACUGCCAUGCCAAAUAAUUUACUUAAUUUCUCAAAGUUUCCCCUCGAAUAUACUGGCAAAGAGGAAAAGCCCUAUGGACUUGAAUUUGAUACAUGGGCACCAAGAUUUGCUGGACAUCAGAGUGUUGAAGAAAGAGAGAACUCAUUUUUUGCUGGAGAGCAAGAAGUUCAUUGUGGUUUUGUCAAGGGCCCAAUAGGUUCACCAAGUACCGGAUUUGAUUUGUCUGAGAAAGACAAACAGUACAUGUCUAGCUGCUCAAUUGUGGUAACAUCUUGUAUUUUUGGAAACUUGGAUGUCGUAAGAAAUCCAAUAGAAGAUAAGAUCAGUAAGGCAUCUAAGAAGAAUGUUUGCUUUGUUAUGUUUGUGGAUGAGGAAACAUUUGAGGAACUUUAUUUGGAGGGAGACGUUGUCAAUGAUGAAGGCUAUCUUGGCUUAUGGAAGGUAGUAGUUGUCAAGAAUUUACCAUACACUGACAAGCGGAAAGCAGGAAAGGUGGCAAAACUUUUACAGCAUCGAAUUUUUCCAAAUUCUAGGUAUUCUAUAUGGAUCGAUGGCAAACUGCAGCUUCAAGCCGAUCCUUUGCUUAUUCUUGAGCAUUUUUUAUGGAGAGAAGAACAUGAAUAUGCUAUUUCAAAUCACUAUGAUCGCCAUUGUGUCUGGGAGGAGGUGCUCCAGAAUAAGCGCCUGAAUAAAUACAAUCACAUGGUCAUUGAUGAGCAGUUCCUCUUUUAUCAGUCUGACGGUCUCACAAAGUUCAAUAAGUCAGACCCAAACAAUCUUCUUCCAAGUUAUGUACCAGAGGGAUCAUUCAUUGUUAGGGCUCACACACCAAUGUCCAAUUUAUUUUCUUGCCUCUGGUUCAAUGAAGUCGAUCAGUUUACCUCUCGUGAUCAACUGAGCUUUGCAUACACUUACUUGAAGCUAAGGAGAAUGAAUCCAGAUAAACCAUUUUCCCUAAACAUGUUUAAGGAUUGUGAAAGGAAAGCCAUAGUAAAACUCUUUCCUCAUAGAGGAGUCAAUCCACCUCCAGCUACUGCUGUUUGAGAAUUUAGGUGAAUGAGUAGUCAAAGCUGGAUUGCUGUCUCCUGCUGUUAGAGGGAUUUCAAAGCUGGAUUGCUGUCUCCUGAUAACUUAGGCAAACUGUACAUAGGAGAAGUUCAACCCCAAAGUGGGGAGGUUAGCCAAGCCAUCAUGGAUCUAUAGAUAAGUGUCAUUAGUUUUUCAAAAGAAUAAAAUAACCUUGAUUUGUUUCAAUUGUAUUCUUUGAAUUUUUUCUGUCACAGGGAAAAAUCCAGUUCUCAUUUGACGGAAUGAAACAUCGAUCACAUAAAUAUGUUCUUUAUUGAUCCUUUACUUAUAAAUCCAGUUUUAAUACUUUACUGAUACUUGCAUUGAAUAAAAUGUAUAUUCUUUGCGGUUUA